CGCGGCCUGCGCGCUCCUGGGCGGGGGAUGUUGUGAUGGAGAAGCUGCGGUGUUGCCGGAGCCCUGCAGCUUGAGCUACCUUCGCCACCUGGGCCUGGGGCUUCGCCGCGCAGGAUCUACCAAGGCCAUGUCUGUUCCAUCAUCCCUGAGCCAGUCGGCCAUUAACGCUAACAGCCACGGAGGCCCUGCACUCAGCUUUCCCUUACCCCUGCACGCUGCCCAUAACCAGCUGCUCAACGCCAAGCUGCAAGCCACAGCUGUGGUACCCAAGGACCUGCGAAGUGCUAUGGGUGAGGGUAGUGUGCCUGAACCAGGCCCUGCCAAUGCCAAGUGGUUAAAGGAAGGCCAGAACCAGCUUCGGAGGGCUGCCACAGCCCACCGAGACCAGAACCGAAAUGUGACCUUGACCUUGGCGGAGGAGGCCAGCCAGGAGGCUGAGACAGCACCUUUGGGUCCCAAAGGCUUAAUGCAUCUAUACUCUGAGCUGGAGCUCUCGGCCCACAAUGCAGCCAACCGAGGGCUUCAUGGAUCCGCCUUGAUCAUCAACACCCAGGAACAGGGACCAGAUGAAGGAGAGGAGAAGGCAGCAGGAGAGGCUGAGGAGGAUGAUGAAGAAGAAGAGGAAGAGGAUGAGGAGGAGGACUUGUCUUCUCCUCCAGGGCUACCUGAGCCUCUGGAGAAUGUGGAAGUCCCCUCUGGGUCCCAGGCCCUCACAGACGGCCCCCGGGAACAUAGCAAGAGUGCUAGUCUCCUAUUUGGCAUGCGAAACAGUGCAGCCAGUGAUGAGGACUCAAGCUGGGCCACCUUAUCACAGGGCAGCCCCUCCUAUGGCUCCCCGGAGGACACAGAUUCCUUCUGGAACCCCAACGCUUUCGAGACGGAUUCCGAUCUACCGGCUGGAUGGAUGAGGGUACAGGACACCUCAGGGACCUACUACUGGCACAUCCCAACGGGGACCACCCAGUGGGAACCCCCAGGCCAGGCCUCCCCCUCACAGGGGAGCAGUCCCCAAGAAGAGUCCCAGCUCACCUGGACUGGCUUUGCUCACCAAGAAGGCUUUGAGGAAGGAGAGUUUUGGAAGGAUGAACCCAGUGAGGAGGCCCCAAUGGAGUUGGGACUGAAAGACCCUGAGGAGGGGAUGGAAUUCCCAGCACCAAAGAAUGAGCUGGUGCAGAAGUUCCAAGUCUAUUACCUGGGGAACGUGCCAGUUGCUAAACCUGUUGGGGUAGAUGUGAUCAAUGGGGCCCUGGAGUCAGUCCUGUCUUCCAGUAGCCGUGAGCAGUGGACUCCAAGUCAUGUCAGCGUGGCCCCUGCCACCCUCACCAUCUUGCACCAGCAGACAGAAGCGGUGCUGGGGGAGUGUCGGGUGCGGUUUCUCUCCUUCCUGGCUGUGGGCAGAGAUGUGCACACAUUCGCAUUCAUCAUGGCUGCCGGCCCAGCCUCCUUCUGCUGUCACAUGUUUUGGUGUGAGCCCAAUGCUGCCAGCCUCUCAGAGGCCGUGCAGGCUGCUUGCAUGCUCCGCUACCAGAAGUGUCUGGAUGCUCGCUCCCAGACCUCCACCUCCUGCCUCCCAGCACCCCCUGCGGAGUCGGUUGCGAGACGUGUAGGGUGGACUGUCCGCAGGGGUGUUCAGUCGCUGUGGGGUUCCCUCAAGCCCAAACGUCUAGGAUCCCAGACCCCAUGAAGAACUCCCAUCUUCCCUCUGCCUGCUUGUUUGGGGCCCCAGGGAACUCAAGGGUUUGGGGCAGGUAGGGGCUGUGGAUAUUCUUCCUACACCCCACAGCCCCUGGGCUGCCCUUCCUCAGUAGCUGGGGUUCCCUACCUAGGGGCUGGGAGAGAGAAAUUGAAUUCCUUCACAGAAGUCAUUACACUGGACUGAUGACAUGAGGGGCCAGAAGCAAAGCCAGCCUUAGGUUCUCCAUCCCCAGUGUUUGAGGUGGAGCAGGAGGAACUGGUCCAAGCCUGGUCCCAUCCUCAAAGGCCCAGCAGGGGCAGGAGAGGACUGGUCUCAUGGAUCCCCUCUCCACUGUUCUGCGGGCACCUCCGCUGUACUGAUAUCACUAAUAAAGUCUGUCUGCGCUGCUGUG